ACGUGCGCAUACGCUGUAUUCGUGUCUCGCGGAGGCAACCGGACCGGUAUAGGCGACCUUACAAACCGUUCACUAACGUACCUACUGUACGCGCAUAGCAAAAAUGCAAUCCUGAUACCGGAGUGCUGUGAUUUCUUGUGGAUAAACAUGUUGGAGCACAAUAUUGGACCCCAGAAAUCAUGGAGAGGGAAGCAGCGCGUUCGCGGAAAGCAUGGCUGAGCCUACAUCUGAAGCUCUCUCAUUAAUCGUGCAUAAGCAACAGCGAUUGUCUAAAUUGCUUGAAAAGCUCUCAGUGCAACUGAGUAACAAUCAGUACCCCUUUCCACAUUGGCUAAUGCGUGAAACAUCACCUAACGGCGUGAGACUACCGGAUGACGUACCACUAGACCUCUCUAUAAAAUCCGAAGUCCCGAAGCCCAGUCCACCACCUGUAUACGCGUGCGAGAUAUGUGGACAAACUUUUACAGUUCACGACCGCCUCGCUAAGCAUAUCGCAUCACGGCAUAGAGGUAAGGCCUCUAAAUCGUCACGAGCUUACGAAUGCGACAUUUGCCACCGGCGUUUCGCUCGUUCUGACAUGUUGACUCGCCAUGCACGCUCUCACAGUGGGGUGAAGCCGUACUCGUGCGCAGUUUGUGGACAAGUGUUCUCCCGCUCCGAUCAUUUGGCUACUCACCAAAGGACACACACAGGAGAAAAGCCUUACCACUGCCCAAAAUGCCCGUACGCGGCAUGCCGCCGAGACAUGAUCACCAGACAUAUGCGUACACAUACACGGCGACAACAUAUUGCUGAAAUCUAAAUGAUUUAACUUUUAUGUUCCAAGUUAUGCAUUUUCAAUCAGUGGACUUUAAUACUGAAGAUAUAUCGCCUAAUAUAUUUGCAUUGGUAAGACAUAUCGAAUUGCACGGCAUUUGCGAAUUUUAUAAUAUUUGCAAUGCGAUU